CUCCGCUCUCCGCCUCCGCUUCUGCCUCUGCUUCUGCUUCUGCCGGGAGAGUUUGGAAGGGAAUCUAUUAUUAUAGGCGUUGUCUGGCUUUCCUUUCCCCUCUGCAACUUCGGGACUCGACGUACCAACAUACACCGAAACACCAGAGUUGAAGCUUACCUCUCUCUGUUACUCCCGCACUUGCGCAUCCAUCUCAGCCGGACAAGCACACUCUCAAAGUCUGCCUGGUUGUUCAGAACCUAGGACGUCAAGAUGCUGAAAAUAUGGUCGAUGAAGCAACAACAGCAACAAGCUGAAAAUGCCGAAGGAGCUGCCGGUAAGAAGAAGAAGAAGGUCACCGCUGCUCAGUUGCGAGUUCAGAGAGACCUUCAAGAACUCACACUCGGCUCCACCAUGAAAAUGACUUUCCCGAACCCCGACGACAUCCUCAACUUCGUUCUCGUGAUAUCCCCCGAUGAAGGCAUGUACAAGGGCGGCCACUUCCAUUUCAGCUUCAGCGUGAACCAGAACUUCCCGCACGACCCGCCGAAGGUGAAAUGUACGCAGAAGAUCUAUCACCCGAAUAUCGAUCUGGAGGGCAAUGUGUGCUUGAACAUUCUGCGGGAGGACUGGAAGCCGGUCCUGAACCUGAAUGCGGUGAUUGUCGGGUUGCAGUUUCUGUUCCUCGAGCCGAAUGCCUCGGAUCCACUCAACAAGGAUGCGGCGGAGGAUUUGAGGGGGAACCGGGAGGGGUUUAAGAGGAAUGUCAGGGGAGCGAUGCAGGGAGGUAUGGUGAGGGGAGUGAAGUUCGAUGAUGUUCUUCGUUAGGAGGGUUUCUUCUGUUUUUUUUUUUUUUUUUUUUUUUUUGGGAGGGG